GUUCUGGGUACUUGCACUUGUUCUGGGUACCAUUUUGUGUAUGCACUAUCUGCAUGCUAGUUGGUAUCUAAUAAAUGUAUGAUUCUGUAUGUGCAGAUGUCAUGUGAUGAUGAUAGUGAUGAUGACAACCAAUAUGAAUUGAAGAAAAAAUUGAUUUGUCUUCAUUCCGAGCAUAUGUCGGUCAUUUGUGAAGGAGCAACAAAAAUAGUUGGAAAGUAUUGCAGUAGUUGGAUCAUGAAGAAUGAGCCUAGGAAAUCUAUCUUGACAGGAUUUGGAUGGUUGCAAGAGACUAUUGGAACACCAAGGGAGUCCUUUACAAUGUUCAGAAUGAAGACAAGAGUUUUCUUUGAGCUUCAUGACUUGUUGGUGAAGGACUAUGGGCUCGGUUAUUCUCCAUUUGUUAGCAGCUACGAGUCUCUUGCUAUGUUCUUGUGGACCUUGGGGGGUUGUGAAUCAAAUAGAAGGACCCAAAACCGUUUCAAACAUUCACCUGACACUAUCCACCGCAAGUUCCAUGAGGUACUGCAUUGUGUGGUCAGGAUGUCUUGUCACUACCUCAAGCCGAAAGACCCCAAUUUUCACAUUGUGCAUCAAAGGAUCCUUGGUGAUAAACGAGCAUAUCCACACAUGAAAGACUGCAUUGGUGCAAUAGAUGGGACUCACAUUAGAGCUUCAAUUCCAGAAGACAAGCAAAUUAGAUAUAUUGGAAGGACAGGCGCAGUCACUCAGAAUGUGAUGGCAAUAUGUGACUUUGAUAUGCAUUUCACUUAUGCUUCAAUUGGACAACCUGGUUCUAUGCAUGACACAAGUGUGCUAUUUCAUGCAAUGCAUGCGGACAAGGCCACCUUCCCCCAUCCUCCAAAGGACAAGUACUACCUUGUGGAUGCUGGCUAUCCUAAUAGAAAGGGAUAUCUCGCACCGUACAAAGGUGAAAGAUAUCAUGUGCCUGACUUUCAUAAAGGUGUUCCACCCAAUACUCCUAAAGAAAAGUUCAAUAGGCUCCACUCGUCCAAACGCAAUUGCAUAGAGAGAGCCUUUGGAGUGUGGAAGAUGAAAUGGCAGAUUCUUCUAAAGAUGCCAAGCUACUCCAUCGAAACACAAAAGAUGAUUGUUGCUGCUACUAUGACUUUGCACAACUAUGUUCGCUUCCAUGAUGAAGAAGAUAUUCACUUUGUUCGAUGUGACAGGGACCCGGACUAUGUGCCAACAAUUCCGGAAUGAUACAAGAAAUUUGUUGUUCCUUCACACGCAUCGGAUACAUCAACUACAGCGGAAAAUGGUGAAGACAUGGAUGUGUUUAGGCAAGAACUAGCUACAGCCAUUGCUCUAAGUUGGUGAGAUAUCGUUGAUGUUUGACACAUGUACGUGGCCUUUUGAUUUGCAAACUUAUGCAAAACUAUGAGGUGAAGCUUUGUUGAUCUUAGAGACAUGUAUUUGCCCCUUUUGAUUUGCAAGCUUAUGCACAAUGAGAGGCUUUUGUUCUAUAAAACAUGUGUGAAACUUGAUGCUUAUGCCAUGAUAUACAUUUUCA